UUUUGAACGUUCAGAUCGCUCUUUUCACCAUCGUCGCCAUUACGACAUAUUAAAAUAUACGCAGAAUUUCUGCUUUUAUGUGAAAGACGAAUUUACGAAGUUAACAGAAGAAUAUAAUACACAUUAAUGGCUAGUAAGAAAAAACGUGUUACAAAACUUCCAAUGCCGUCAUUAAUCGAACCAGUGCGAAAAAGCGUUUUAGAUGUGAUACAACGUAAUCUUCGCGUCAUUGAUUCUAAAACUUACAUUACGCGAGUUAUUUACAUUGGGAAAUAUUACGAAACUCAUGAAAUUUUUCGAAAGAGAAUGGAAAAUAUUAUGCGGGAUUUAUGCGUGGAUGACGAUAACUCGUCCAUUACAGGACUAUUGGUUGUUUAUCCAUUAUAUUACAUUCACAUAUUAGAGGCGUGGGAAGACAUGAUUUAUAAGCACUAUGAGCUUAUAAAUCUUAUGUUCGUCAUAUCCGAUGAUGUAUGCAGAUUCGGAAAAACAAUUUCUUUGCCUUCGUAUCAUCACGUUCAUCAAAGAUUCUUCUCAGCAUGGUGCCACGUCUACAUGAUACCGCUGACUUUACCACGGACGAUAGAAGCUCAGACAUUGGAUGACAUUUUAAAGGAAGUCUUAAAAUGUCUAAUAAAGGUGUACACGUUCUGCGAGUAUAUUGUAAACAUGAUGUACGAACAGUCGAUCGCCAUUAAAGACGUGCUACUUGGAGACUUGGGAGACAAAGCGGCCCGGUAUCUGCCCGAGAGCACAGUUCUCAAGUUUCUCUUGAGUGUGAAUUUGCCCGUGUUCAAAAGCGUCGAGGAGUAUUUGCAAAUGUAUUCCGAUGCGUCGCCGAGUGCAUUCUGGGACGAUAAUAAUGUCUGGCCACCGCCUUGCGAUAUUAUGCCUCGCGACGCGUUCGAUGGCCGAAAGAUUUCGGAUCAGCGGAACAGCGAAAAGUAGAAAUGUGCCCUGGAA